AUGGGGUUGCAUCCUGGAGGAGGUCACUUGUUCAACCUCGGGGCACCUGGAGGCAACCUCGGGGCACCUGGAGGCAACCUCGGGGCACCUGGAGACAACCUCGGGGCACCUGGAGGCAACCUCGGGGCACCUGGAGGCAACCUCGGGGCACCUGGAGGCAACCUCCAGGCUGCUGAGUGCGACCUGUUGACAUUUGUACAGACCCAUCAGGGUAGGCAUAGUGCUCGUGAGACCAUGUGUACUAGGCUACUAGGCACCCCUUACACCUGUGUUGCCAGAACAGUGACGGAGACAAGGAAGAAACUAGUCCUGAUUAUGGUGGCCGUGACCUGGCAACUCUGCUCCUGCCUGGUCCCGGCUGCUCAACACCAACCAAGGUUGCUCUCAGUAGAUGCUGUGUCAUCAGCAAGGGGUGCAGCAUUAAGCUAUUCAUGCUUGACACAACAAUGUCACCAAGAAUGGAACAGCACUAUCACGGCAUCAUCUGGAAAAACCAACUGGUGGUCAUUGGGUGUACAUGACGGAGUUAUCAUGACGGUACUUCACGACACUACUGGAUCCAUUCUCCUACGUAAAACGUUCAACACAUGGAAUGCUUAUGCAUUUGCUCACGACCUCACAUGGUGGAUGGAAAAAGUGCAGGCGGGUCGUGUAGUGGUUCUGGUGGUGAGACGAGCAGGGACCUAUGGACUUGGGGCAGCCCUUCUAACUCUUACUCGUCUUGGCUCCCUCCUUGCCCCUUUUGCACCUCCUUUGGCACUUUGGGUGUGGGCCUUUGUCGUCGGUGGACAGACACUUCUCGAGACUGUAAUGCCAAACCCACAUCCACUUGACAAGUCACUGGCUGCUUUACAUGCACAUGCUCUUAUAUCUCUUCCUUACAGGAAGACCCAAUUUUUGAACAAACAAAUACACAGUUCUCAGUUACAUUUUUGUGAUAGUAAUGCAGCAAUGGGUCCUCUCUGUGACCCUUUUAGGCCAAUGGUGAUGCCCAUUGUACCAUCAACAGCAGACAAGAUCAGCAGUAUGCAUGAUGAAGCUACAGUGGGGGUGGUAGUUUGUGCUGGGGGUCGGCUGCAAUAUUUAGUUCAUAGCCUAAUUCGCCUGCUGGAGGCACGUAACGUAUCACCGUAUAAGGUCUUAGUUGCUCUUGGUACCGACCACAAUGGUAUUCUUGAUUCUAACAUACAAUCCCUAUUGGAUCUCUCUAAUUUGAAUUAUCAGAUUAUUAAUAUUCAACCCAAUGUAUCUUCUAUCAACCAUCGGCUCUUUCAGUUUUACCGUGAAGCUUGGAAAGCAGGAGUAAAAGCUUUUCCAAAUGCACGAUAUUUAGCCUUUCUUGACGAAGACGUGGAGAUAUCCCAUGACUGGAUGCAGUUGUUAUUACAUUAUGCUCCAGCUCUGGAGGUGGAUGAUUCCCUCUGGUGUGUGUCUGGUAUUAGUGCUGCUCACAUUAAUAUGCAUUCCGACCCUCAUAUGAUAAUGCGUGGAUCUAGGCAGCCUGGUUGGGGAUUUUUGGUGUUGAGAGAAGAAGCAAGGGCAGCUGUUGCAAUAUGGCCAAAUACCUCAUCACAAUCUAUUUUGUAUGACACCUUCCUCUAUAUAACAGUAGGCCGGGAUCGCGAGUGUAUAUAUCCAGUUUUGAGUCGUUCAAGGCACUAUGGCAUAGGAGUAAAUACCCUGCCUGAUUUGCACCAUUUCUACUUUUUAGAGCGACCACUACAUAAUGGAUCAUCUGUGUUGCUUCCUCCUGUGUCUGCCCUAACAAGAGAGACAUAUGAGGUUCGUAUUUGGUCCAGGUUGUCCAGAGCCUCAGUCAUCACCAGGAACCCAUGUGCUCCAGGCUUCCUGAGAUCUCCUCAAAUUAAUGAAUCAAUGGAUUUUGUGUUUUAUUUUUUCUUAGACAAUCCCAAAAAUUCACUUGAAUGGGCACUGUUGGCAGAAUGUGUAGGUGCAUGGCCCUAUUCCACCCAGGGAAUGCACAAGGGUAGUGUGGAGUUGCCACAGCCCUGGGGAGGGUCACUCUGGCUUGUGGGGGUCCCUGCCUCUCCCUAUAAAUUCUUCAAACCUUCCUAUAUUCCCAUUUGGCGCAUUUCUACAGAAGAUGCUUUUGUUAAACAAGCUACAUUUGUGUCUUCACUUAGGUCCAUGAAAAACCUAAACAACAGAACCUUAACAGAUGCUGUUAAGCAGUUAUCUUUACAAAAACAUCACCACCAUUUUACUAGCAUAUCUUAGAACUGUGAGAAGUGAGAACUAAACUCUAAAGAUGUCAUUCCGUUCAGUAUACUUGCCCCUUGCACCACUACUUAUGAGGUCCUGUACUGUCUACAUGUAUAUAUCAUUUCAACUUGUAAAGUACUCCUACUUAUAGGGCCACAUCAAAGGAUGUGGGAAUCAAACCACUUCUGUUUGCAUGUAUAUAUUUUACUAAGGACAUCCUUCACUCUAGAUACUAUUUACUCUUCCACUGGGUUAUUUACACCGCUUAAUUCUUGGUUCAUCUUUGUGUAUAAAAUUCUCUGCCCAACUAGUAUACCUAGGUACUGUACUUGCAAUCAUCCACUAUGCUCAAAAGAUUAAUGUUGACAUUCGCAAUAUCAACUGUCCUACUUUUGUUGACAAACCAUUUCUUCCGGACUCCACCCACUUCUAAGCUCAGUGUCUGGCACUAAGGUCUGAACCUGCCAGUGUUAGAUACAGUACUGUCCAUCAAAUCCUGUAAUGUGUUUCCACUUCUAAAUCUUCAGCAACUGCAUAUUUCAAGACUAUUAUGAACCACUGAUACAAAAGACUAGUGAUUAGGUUAUCUUGAGAUGAUUUCGGGGCUUUAGUGUCCCCGCGGCCUGGUCCUCGACCAGGCCUCCACCCUCAGGAAGCAGCCCGUGACAGCUGACUAACUCCCAGGUAUUUAUUUACUGCUAUGAUGAUGUAUAUAAUAUGUAACUAGCAUCACAAGAAUGUUACUUGCUUAGCUAAGUUAGAUUGUAACAAAGCUAAAUGGCUAAACGAAGCUUCACAAGAUUGUUACUUGUUUAGCUAAAUGAAUUUUGGGUUUUAGUUCCUGACCCCAUUAUGUGCUUCUGUAAUCUUUUUCUAUUACUGCCCAAGGGAUGAGUAUUUUGUUCAUAAUAAAUUAACAAAAUCAAAUCAAAUAGCUCUCGGUUUAUCUUUGGUAUAAUAUACAAAUUACCAUUUCCAUUCUUGUCGUGCACAAGUGCAUCAUAAAAGAAAGGGUUGAUAACCAAUGUACCAAUAUAUAGCA